AGCCGAACUGACCCUGAAUCGGGCAACGUGUUAUUGAAAAGAAUGGACCAAUCAUUUUUCGCCUAGUUGACACAUGACGUCAACUUGUUUUUAUUUUGUUUUCUAACACAAAAUGGAAGUAACACUAAAGAGGUGGGAAAGCAGUAAAAUUUGAUUGAAUUAAUAAGAGCUUAUUUCACAAGUAAUUACAUCAAACUACUUUGCAAUUCAAAAAACUUUUCAUUUUAAACUUAAGUUUGAACUUAAGUUUACUUUUGAAUACUGGAUAGAUUAAAUUUACAGUUAAGAGAAAGAGAGAAGUUUUAUUAUAGAAUGGAAUUGUCAGGAGAUAUGCCUGUGACACUCAUUAUUAAAGCACCUAAUCAGAGAAUGGAAGAUCAAACUGUAGACUGUAUGUUGGGAUGGACUAUCAAAAAGCUUAAACAACAUUUAGAAUCUGUUUAUCCUAGCAAGCCUAAACACAAUGAACAGCGUCUAAUUUAUUCAGGGCGUUUACUUCAAGACCACCUAACCUUGAAAGAAAUUUUACGCCAGUAUGAUGGUUCAGAACUGACGAAAAAUAAGCACACAGUGCAUUUAGUGUGUUCAGUGCACGCUGAUUAUGCUGGGGCAAACAUACCAGUAACUAAAAGUAUACCAGACUGCAUACCAGCAUCAUCUACUGAAAUAAGGAAUCGGCACAGUACAGAUAUAUCCAGAGCUGUACAAGAUGAGCGAUUAAGUAUGGCCCAACAAAACACUACUACUGCAGCACCUGCAGCUCAGGCAGAUUAUGUGUAUACUCCAGAACAAUAUGCAUGGAUGCUGCAGCAACAAAUGUAUUCCCAGUAUAUGAUGCAGUAUAUGCAGUACUAUCAGAAUCUUUACUAUUCUGGGGUGGCACAGAACCCAUUCAUGCCCAAUAUCAGCUUAACACAGCAACCAAUAAGUCAAGCUUCUCCACUUGCCCAGCAACCACAGGCUGUAAAUAAUGGAGUGGCACCAGGUGCAAGACCUAAUGUUAGAAUGAAUGCUCAAGGAGGGAUGGAGGAAGAAGAAGAUGAAGGGGAGCCAAGGGAUUGGUUACAUCACACAUAUUUCUUUAUGAGAUUCCUGACAUUCAUGGGAAUCCUGUUCUUCUACUCCAACUUGACAAGAUUUCUGAUUGUCUUCUGUGGUUCACUGGCUAUUUAUGUGCUUCAAAAAUUAAGAAAGUAUACUCAGAGAGUACAGAGAGAACAAGAGCAGCAGCAGAAUGUGCCCCCUUCACCAGUUCAACAGCAAGCAAAUGAACAACCAGGAACUAAUCAAGAAGGAGAAACACCCACACCAGAAGGCAGUGUAACAGAGGGGGAGGCCAAUCAAGGCAUAGAACAGCAUCAUGAUGGUAACAGGUUUACUCGAGCUUGCAUCUUCUUGAUGAAUACAGUUCAAACAUUUUUCACUUCUUUGUUGCCUACACCCCCUGAAUUGUUGGAACCCAACUAGAUUUUCAUGUUGCUGUUGUCUAUUUAACAGCAGUAUGUACUUAUUUAAAAAAAAUACCUAGCAAAUCCAUAUUUUACUUGCACAGCAAUUUUAAGUAUUGAGUAUUUAUGAAGUGAUUUUCAUUCAUGCAAAAUCACUUUGUAAAAGAUUUUGUACAAGUAAGUGCUAAUUGUAUUUAAUGCAUAAUCUAGAACUGGCUUUGAAAGAUCCCAGUUUCAGUGUACAGUAGUCAAUACAAAUUGAUAUAAUUCUUGCAUAGGAAUUUGAGUAAUGCUUUUUGAAAUCAUCACAUUCAAUAAAUAUUGCUGACCUGCCCAUUC